ACAUCCAGGUAUUCCACAGACUAAUCAGAAUACGGAAGAGACUAAACACAAAUAUUAUUCAAAACUGUGAAUCAAUAGUUAUACUAAUGUCAUUGAUCGUUAAUGAACGUAUUUAAAAAUAGUAAUAUUGGCUUGAACGAUCAAUUGAUAGGAUCAAAACAAUAGAAAAUGGUGUCUCAAACUUAUGUUGUCGUGACAAUUUUAUUUCUAAGUAUUUUAAAGGUUUUAACAGUAUACUCAUUCGAUUGUCCAAAUAUGGGAAAUCGUUACUUGAAUCAGACAGCCAAAAUUAAAUGUUAUAGACUUUUCUCUGGAAGUGAAAACACUGGAAAACCUGCACGUAUUUGUGAGAUACAUAAUGGAAAAUUAGCCAAAAUUAUAACUGCAGAAGACAUGUAUCAAGCGAAAUUGGUAAUUUUAUCUAGAAAGUAUUAUGGAAUAUCAAAAGUUAGAGUAGAUGGUUAUUCUGAAUUGGGAAAUUGGGUAACAAUGAAGAAUAGACAAUAUAACAUGCGCGAAAAAUCUAGCUCUUUCAACUGUGGUGCACUAUUCUUGAAGUAUUCUUCAUUAUAUAUUAGACCUGAGGAUUGUCUGACUAAAUAUCGAUACAUCUGUCAAAUGCCAAGAAUAUACAGCAGUUCGUGCCGAAAAGUCUUAAAUAUUACGAAAAGCUACGGAGACAAAUGUUAUAGUUUAUCCUAUAAUAGAUACAAUUUUUAUGAAGCAUCUACUCACUGCCAAUUGCUUGGAGGGGAAUUAGCCGAUGAGAGAAUACAUCGAACAGUUUACACAAAGUUUCGUAAUGCUCUUCAAUACAGAAACAUUCCAGUAUGGCUUGGUUUAACUAACAAACCUUGGAGAUUUAGUAAUGGUGACAUGAUAAAGAGUUUUUAUUGGCAAGAGCAUGAGCCAGUUUCUGAUAGAUUAACUUUAUUAUUAAAUGGAGCCACCUUAAAAUGGGCAACAAUUGAGGAAAGUCAACCACAACGACCAUAUCCAUUUCUUUGUGAAAAAGAAUAUCAUGAUGAUACAAGAACAACAACGAGACACGUACCUACUGAUCCAUCGAAUAAUAAGGGCCAUAAUGUUUUAAAUAUCAGCAUAAUAAGUUUGUAAUUUCUUUCUUCUCACAAUAUAAACUCAUAUAAUAUUGGUUGAUUUAUCAAAAUUGUUUUUAAUAACUUUCAGCAAAGGCAAUAGCUGGUGGAGCAGUUGGAUUUUUGAUUUUUAUUGCUAUUGGUCUUGUUUUUUUCUGUCGUUUCAUAAAUCAAAGAAAAUAUAGAAGAAAUGGCGCACUAUCAAGUCGUAGAAAUUUUGCGAGAAGGCAAACUUCAGUUGUUAAUAUUCCACCAAAUAUGGCUUCUAGAGUUGAACCUCCUUCCUAUAAUCAAGCAACUGUACUACCGGUUCCACCUCCCUAUGAAGAAGUAACUGGUCAUCAACUAGACGAAUUAAAACCGCCAAAGUACUCAACAAUUUAUCCUGAAAGAUAGAGUGUAAAUGGAACUUAUGAAGAUAUAACUUUAGAUUAUUGUUCUUAUUUUGUAAGGCUGUGUUGACGAAUUUUAAUAAGUUGAAUUUAACAAAUUAGUAUUAGACAAUUACGAUCUGAAAUGGUGAUUUACCAGAAAUCUCUUCUUUUUUUUUCGUUCUUUUUACAUGAGAAUUUUUUAUCAUUCUUAGAGUAUCUUUUUACUUUUCUUUGCAUUUAUGUCAGAUUAAUAAAGACUCGUUUGUAUUUAUAAUUUUCUAAAUAAAUGUUAGAUUUAAAUGAUUAAAAAGCUUAAGGUAGAUGGCGC